UAAAUAAAUAACUAAAUAAGCACGCGCGUGUGUUACCAUGCAAGGUCCUCUACACCAGGAAAGGCGCGUCCACUCCAUCUGUCUUAUUUUUCCCGAUCAUUUCACAAAUAUUAUUUCUCUCGGAAUGGAGGUUAGUGCUUAACCUUGUCUAGAAUUGUGCAUGCAUACCGGUGGGACGGAGAGAAGGCACGAGAAUCCGCGUGUGUUUUGAACGUCGAAUGGCACGCGCUCGGCUCGGAAGGUAAGCCCUGGCUUUUACCAGUCAGAUCACGAACUUGUACAGCAAAUGAAUGAUUGCACCAAGAUGCCGCCUCCAGGAUGCACAACAGCCGAGGGAAGCCAGACUUGCACCCAGAGGGAUAAACAGAACAAAUCCUCCAGACUGCCAGACAGCACCAUUUAUUCUAAGAGUUUAUAGCGUUACUAAACAGAACAGUGAUCGUAAUCACGUAGGAGAGAACAGGGCAAUGCUUCCAUCUUAUGUUUUCUCUCACGGAUCACUCAUGAGGCAAACUAGUGCCUGGAAAGUGGCUGUCAUCAGAAUCAGCGCUCACUAGGACAGAAUGGAAACAGGGCUCAGAACUGCCCCCAGAGCACAAGAGGCAAAAGAUCCUCCUGCUCAGAGGAAGUUAUCAACAUCAAUUGGUGGUGACCCUGGGCCAGAGUGCUGCAAAUGCAACGGUCUAAUCAACACCAGAAACGUAAUGGUGGACACCAAGGGAGGACGGGUGUCAGUGUACUCAGCCCCACAGUAUCAGAGCCAUGCAGGCGUCAAUUAUUCCCCUAAGCAUGUGGGUCAGGAUAGAAAUGGGACACGGAUAAGUGGACACCAUCCGCAGCUGCUUAACCCCAGUACCUUGCCCCAGGCACUGGACCCUUUUUAUAAACCCAACCUCAUCCUAUACCCCGAAGGAGUUCUGAGAGGGUGGGGGGAGGGAAGCGACUGCUGUGAGACCACGUUCAUUGAGGACAUGGCUCCUGCUAACCCUGCUGCUACGAUUACUAAAGAUGGGCUCAUGCUCACUGACAACAAAUUCUUGGAUUUAUCAGUGGAGGAUUCCAAGAUUCAUACACUGUCCUACGAUGUGGAUGAUGAUGAUGAGUUUCAAGAGCUUGAGAGUGAGUACUCAAGUGACUCAGAGAGUGAGGACAACUUCCUGAUGAUGCCUCCACGAGACCACCUGGGCCUCAGUGUCUUCUCAAUGCUGUGCUGCUUUUGGCCCCUAGGCAUCGCCGCCUUUUACCUGUCUCAUGAGACUAACAAAGCAGUAAAUAAAGGGGACUUUCACCAUGCCAGUUCCAGCUCCAGACGUGCUCUCUUUCUAGCUGUGCUGUCCAUCACUAUUGGUACUGGCAUCUACGUUGGUGUAGCAGUGGCUCUUAUUGCAUACCUUUCCAAGAACAACCACUUGUAGCCUUGCCUCACCUCUCAUCUCGCCCCUGACUGUCAAUGCGGAUUUACUAUAGCGGCCACUUAGAGGAUAUUGCACUGAGUAUGAUCUACAUAAGCUGCAUCACUUUUUAUGAAUCACAUGGAAUUACUGAGUGGAUCCUCUUUGUAAACAUUGUGACAUUGUAAAUCAUUGCCGUUCCCUUGUUUUUUUUUCCAUAUUCACUGUUUAUAACAGUGGCAGAGAUGUGUCGAGAUGCUGUUUUUACAAGCGACAACGUCAGUAUGCCUUGAUCAACCACACUAUUUAUUGUGCCACUCUGGGCUUUGGAGCUUUUAAUGUAGUCUUAUUUCUCUCCUGGAUGAUGGUGAAUUAUGAAAAACACAAUCUAUCUGAAGUGCCACAGUGCUUUGAAGCCUUCUUUUAAAGAUCGUCUCUAGGUUACUUAUGUAACCCUAGUUCAAUGAGGGAAUGAGAUGCGUCACGCCGCUUUGGGAACGCCUCUGCGUUGCUUAUACUCUGAAUCAUGUGUGAAAUCCGGCCAACGGCAAGGCAUGACGUCACCGGUGGGGCGACGUCGCAAACUAGGAACGCUAGCUUCUGAAAAAGAGAAGGUAAGUGCCGCAGGGAUGCAGGGAGUGUGGCAUGUAGAUGCAGCAUCUCGUUACCUCAGGAAACUAGGGUUACAUAAGUAACUUAGAGAUGUUUCCCUUUCGGGAACUCGAGCUGUGUCACAAUGCUUUGGGAAUGAGUGUCCAAUCGCACCAUACUGACCAGUCCCUGCCUAGUGUGUCUGAGCACAACCAGAACGAAGGACAGAGGAGCCAGGAGUGGCUCUAAUGUCGAAGUCAUAGAACCUGACAAACAUCAGUCGGGUGGACCAGCCCACAGCAUUGCAUAUGUCCUGGAGUGAUACUCCAGCGGACCAGGCCAUAGAGGCUGCCAUACUCCGAGUAGAGUGAGCCUUGACUCCAAACGGAGCGAGAAGACCAGAGGACUCAUAAGAUGAAGAAAUGGCAUCCACUAUCCACCUACUGAGUAUGUGCUUAUUGGCAGGAAAACCUUCCCUAUAACGGCCAUAGCAGACAAACAGCUAUUCUUCAACUUUCUCCAUGGACUUGUUCUGUGGACAUACGUGUCCAGUGCUCACACUGGACACAGCCGGUUUUGCUUCUCCUGGUCGGGGGAUUGAAAAGGAGGAGAGCAGAAUGCCUGCAGCACAACAGGCCAUGGGGGAGCCGUAGGCACCUUAGGUACAUACCAGGUUUAGUGUAGAGAAACCUCCCAAGGAGAUCCCUCGAGGAGGUACACCAGGUCGAUGAACCAUGGUCUGCCCGGCCAACGAGGUGCCACCAUGAGGAGACAGAUUCCAUCCUGGCGAACUCUCUCCAAAACACCUGGGAGCAGAGCAAUAGGGGGAAAGGCAUACGGGCAUAGCCUCGGCCACAUCUGCACCAUGGCGUCGAGCCCCAACGGGGCUGGGUGAGAGAAAGAACCAGAGGGGACAGUGCAAAGUCUCCUGAGUCGCAAGCAGAUUCACCUGGUCUCUGUAAAAUCUCUGCCAUAUCUGCUCCACCUCCUCGGGGUGGAGCCUCCAUUCCCCGGGCCUUGGCCCUUGCCUCGAAAGGGCAUCUGCUCACCAAUUUAGUUGACCCGGGAUAUAAACUGCUCUCAGUAGGAUUUCCUGGAGCAAAGAAGGAUCUGCCAUGCCAGCCUGUACAGGGGCGAGAACGGAGACCCCAUGGUGGUUAAUAUAUGAGACCACCGAGGUGUUGUCCAUAGGGACCAGCACAUGUCGAUCUUUCAGGACUGGAAGGAAGUGUUUUAGAGCCAAAAACACGGCCAUCAUCUCCAGGCAAUUUAUGUGCCAUGAAAGGUGUAGCUUGUUCCACCGACCUUGGUUGGAGUGGCCACUCAUGACCGCGUCCCACCCCGUGGGGAUCAAAGGGCUCGCUACGAGACCUUAAUAGUACAGAGUGGACUGCCCAUUCAGGAGAACCCUCUGUUUUUAAACCACCACUGGAGGCAUCUCAAAUGAAGGAGGCCAAGUGGGAUCCCAUUGGAUGCUGUCGCCAUGUGACCAAGCAGCCUCUGGAACUGCUUAACGGUGAGUGACUGGCCUUCUCUUACUCUCCUAACUGCUGUGAGGAUAGCUUCGAUCUGGGCAGGAGACAGUUGUGCCUGCAUCACGGUUCAGUCCCACACUACGCCCAAAAAGGUGGUUCUCUGUUCUGGAGAAAGCACACUCUUCCAGUUUAGUCUUAACCCCAGCUUCUUCAUGCAGGUGAGAACAACAUCUCAAUGCCGGACUGCUUGAUGCUCUGAUCAAGCUAAUAUCAACCAGUCGUCGAUAUAGUUUAGAAUGUGGAUGCCCUGUAGCCUUAGCGGGGCGAGAGCUGCAUUUAUCCACUUUGUGAAGGUGCGGGUUGAGAGUGCUAGGCCAAACGGGAGGACCCGGUAUUGGUAAGCUUCGCCCCCGAAAGCAAACCUCAGGAAUCUCCUGUGAGCGGGAAGGAUGGCUAUGUGGAAGUAUGCAUCCCUUAGAUCUAUCGUGACAAACCAGUCCUUGGAUUUGAUCUGAUCUAGAUCUAGGAUUAGACGCAACCCCCCCAUCCAUCUUUGGAAACAACAAAGUAGUGGCUGUAAAAGCCUUACUUUCUGACUAAGGAAGAAACCACCUCGAUGGCCCAUUUCCUUAGGAGAGCGCGCACUUCCUGUUCCAGGACCAGAGCCUGCUCGGGUCCCACCAGGUCAGGUCAGGUCAGCCUGCGAGUCCCAUGACCUCCGGCGCCGCUCCACCUCGGCGAGAGCGGGACCGGGCCAUGAGGGAGAGUGCUCUCCAGGAGCGGAGCGAGCGCAUAGCCGUGCGGCUACAGUGCUAACAAUCAUCUUACUCAAGAGCCGACUGAGCAUGCUCCACUCCCAAGCAAACAACGCAUCUCUCAUGUGUGUCUCCCCCCUGUAUUGAAACGGGGACAAGGAGGGACACAUGUGGAAGUUUUGAAGUUUGCUUUUAGCCAUUGUUUGCACAGAUUUACACAAAAAGCGCUUACCUAAACAAACAGAAGCUAGUGUCGCUCCACUGCUCAUGCAUUUUGUAGCUUCCUGGUUCACGACGUCGCCCUGCCAGUGACAUGAUGCCUUGCCGUUGGUCGGAUUUCACACAUGAUUCAGAGCGUGAGCAACGCAGAGGCGUUCCCAAAGCGUUAUGAUGCAGCUCGAGUUCCUGAAAGGGGAACUACAGUAUUAUAAGGACCACAAGAAGGGGCUUAUUCAACACUCAAGGGUAAGAUGGACACAAAGCCAUAUAGAUGGCCUGCCAAACUCUGAAUGUGGACCUUCUUAGACUAGCAGUAACAUUCUGAUCUGAGAGGGCUGUAAAUAUUUAUAAACCAUUUUGUUUUGCAAGAAGACUCUAAACCAGGCCAUAUGCUUUCAAUUUUUACAUACCAGAUUCUGAAUGUGUGUAAAGAAUUUCACUGUGUUAUGGAGUUUCACCCUGUGGGAGAUUUGGAGCACCUUUAAAAUGUGACCUCUUGCAUAUUAAAUGUAGUAUUUCAUUUAAAAUUAGUGUUAAUUUAUGUAUUCUAUGUGAUUGUGUUUAAUUAUGCCCAGCCUAAUUAAUUCUGGACCUGCACCAUAUGCUCAAGCAAAUGCAUGUAUUCCAGUGUCUUGCCCUAUCCAGUAUUCACCACAAAUGGUUCACAUCUUGCUACCUCCCAACUCUUUGCAUACAUGAGCCUUGUUUUCAAUGGUCAAAACAGAUUUUAUCACACUAUCGGUAUGAUUAUCCAAUGGGCUUAGAAAGUCGUUGAUAUUGUAUUGAUCUUUAAUUAUUUAAAGCAAAAAAAUUAACCUGAAAACUUCUCUUCAUAUGACGGGUCUACAUAACUUCUCUACAUAUAACGGGUAGAUUAAGGUGCAGUGGCGGCUCAGUGUUUAAAUCACUUGGUAACUGUUUAGAAAAUCUCAAGCCCCAGCACCAUACAACUCUCCUGUUGGACUUUUAAGCAACAUUUUUAAUCCACUCUGCUCCGGAGGUGCUGUAUCAUGAAUGACACUUCCUAAAAAGCUUGAAUCUAAAAAGUAAAUCAUUUCCCUGUGUUGUAAAGUAAAUGUGACAAAUAAAGGCAUCUACUUUUUCUGUUUCUCCUUCUUCUUCUUCUAAAAGCAACUUAUGUGCUGAGCAAAAUAUAGCAUAAUUACCAAAUAUAUAUAAUUACAUGUUGAAACUGCUCCACACACUUCCUCUCAGUACAAAAAUGUAGUAUUUAAAUGUCAAUGUCAAUUAAUUUAACAUAUAAAGUUCCUAAAUAAUCCAAUAAAGGCUAUGACAUGUACAUGUAUGUUUUUUGUAAAACAAGUACAUUUUUCUUAUUCUUGUGUUUUUUAGUUGCCAUCAUCAAUUUAAAUUUUAUGUACAGCCAUGCUGCUUAAAUUAUAGACUGAAAGUAAAAUUUCUAUUAUUUAUCAAUGAAUCAGUAUAGAGGCCGUUAUGGAAAACUCAAAGUAAAAAAAUGCCAAAUAAAGGUGUUCCAAAUAAAACCUUUUAUAGAGUAAAGAAUUUAUAGAGUAAAUACAAAUACUUAACUUAUGAACUCUGAAUAUGUGGUAACUCUGUAUUUCAUUCUAGUCCUACCCUGGCCAUCAGUUUUCUCUAAUAAUUUUUAAUUUGUUAGUGAGAAAAUGGGUUAAUUGGGAGAACUGAUUUUAUUGCCAUGCUAUUUAAGCGAAUGAGUUUGAUUAUUUUAUUAUUAUGUGUUUUUUUUUUUUUAUUAAGUCUUAGCUGACUGCAAUAUCAGGAAAUACACAUCAGGAAAAAAGGACUAUAGCUACAUGGACACACAUUUAUGUGGUGACAAAAUAGACACUAUUAGAUGUCAUCUCAGCCUAUAUUACCAGCAUCACAGGUAGGAUGAAUGACCAACCACCUGGACACAGUAUGCAUAUUUCAUAUAAGAGGAAACAGCUUGCUUGCUGCUCACAGCUGAUUUAUGGCCCAUGUUUGCCAGAGCCAAUAAGUGAAAUGAGGAUAGAUGUUUUAUGAAGCUGUUUUUCUGGCAAGGGGAUGAGGACGCUAAGGAGAAAGAUCAGACGAGGCUGAAGUUGUUCUCUAAUUAAGGAAAUUGUCAUUCAACCCAAGCAGGAUGCUCAUCUUAAGAAAAUUAGGAAAGCUUUUAGUGCUCCUCUGAGUGAGUGUGAGAUGUAGACAUACUAGAUUUGGGCUAAUUCAAGCAAAAAUUAAGAACAAAUUCCAUUCUACAUGGUUUAAGGCAUUAAACAUUGUUAAAACAAACCCUGUCAAUACCGGGGCUUGAACCCCCCACCUUCCAAUCAGUAUCCCAGCACCUUAACCACUGAGCUACCACAGAAAAUAAUUUCCCACCACCACCAACUUGAAAUUUCAAAUUGGGGUUGUCUUGUUAAAUACGAUUUCCUUCUUUGUUUUUUGCAGUGACAUCAAAUCAACAUUACCAUGCUCUUUGUGUACCUAAGUAAAACCUGCUAAUUUUCUCAUUUUAAAUAAAUGUA